ACAGCUCCAAAACCAAAGCCUGCUCCUGCUGAACACAAAAAUCGAUCCUAUGUGGUCGGCGCUGCCGUUACCCCCGUCUAGUACACUGCUGAACGCACGACCACCUGCGAGGACAAUAGAACCUGCGCUGUGGCGGAGAGCAAGAGAAUGGGGAUUAGAUGAACAAUUUCGCGGCAUCCAAGUUCGUCUGACGAAUAAGCUUGGCGGCCAGAAUUUCCAUGCAGAAACUGCAAAAGAUUUACACGCGUGCGCCACUCAAUUAGUCGGCACAGCACUCGCGCUUGCCAUAGUUUACGAUGUUGCAUCCGCACCCGCGGCGAGAAAGGUGCAGAAGACUUUGACGCAAAGGCAAGUCCAACAGCAAAACGAUAAAGGCAGAUGCGAUAUUCAGAUCUCAGAUCGCGCGAAUCGCGAGUGCAGCAGACUGUUGCAUCGUUUGGAGCAAAUUGUGCUGUCCGAAGAUCAACUCUAUCGACACGUAAGGUUUGCUUCGUCAGACAGUGGCAGUGAAGAAAACCAAAACGAAAACUUCGUGGUGGCGCCCACGACUACAUGUUGUAGUACGUCUCCCCCAGCAGAAAUCGGCGGAGCCACGGGCGCACCUUUUCGUCCUCGUCGGCGAAAAGAGGACACGGCGGCGCUUCAAAAAGAGCCACAGGUAGAAGCCCCGAACGCCGAAGUAGAGAACAAAACUCCAGCGCAAAGCAAGCACGGACGACGGAAGAAAUGGAAGCGACAGCCGCGCAAAAACAAAAAGCAGCUACCGACGGUGUUGACCCUUCGUGCGUAUGCAGAGAAGGAUGCUACUUCCAAAAGUGGCAAAAACAAGCUCAACCACCGACGCCUGGGCGUGCAAAACGGGGAAAAUGAAAAGGAGUGCCAGAACUCGUCAGGCUCAGCGGCGAAAGCUCGCGCUGCAGAAACUUCUACACAGGCCGAGGAGCCGGCCAGCCCGGUGUUUGGUGCAUUGGAAAUAAAAGCGGAGAAAGUGAAAGUUCAACAGCCCCAAUUGGUGGAUGUUUCCACGGAGGUAGUGGACGACGAGACAGACACGAACUCUACCUGCCAAGAUACCGAUACCAGGACGCAUUUGCUGAUGAACCUUGACGAAAGGGAUUUGGAAAGCGACGUUUGCUUUUACAACAACUCGACUCGCCGUGAUGAGCCGUCGUCAUUUUGUCCACCAAUAGCAUCCGGCCGUACUUCCCGCAGAACAGCUUCGAUUUCCAGUUGCUCUGACGCGGGAAUUGACUCCAAAACGCGGAUGAAUCAGGGGCGACUAAAAAGCAGCGGCAGGAGUAGUUUUCGCCUGAGCGAAUGCGACCUCAACGAAGAAGUGGCGUCGUCUAUCAGCACUGCGACUGCGCCCAGCACCGCACGACCAAGAAGUUCGCGCAGAAGAACCACUAGUACAAGUAGUGCGGAAACUAGUAGUACAGAGAGAAGCAGCAGCAGCGAAGUAAGCGUCAGCACCAAACGAGUUUGCGACUCCGCACGCUUGAAGGCAGCUGCAGAUCAGCAAGCGGCUUUGGAUCUACAACGGAAAGAGAAACAAGCAAGAGCAGUCAGUGCGCAGCAGAAUGCGGCGGAAUGCGUACUGUUUCUUCUUCGGAUUCUGGCGAUGAACUCGUAUCAGGUGGUGUCAGAGGGCUUUCUUCACGAACAGCAAGCCAGCAUCACCCGUCUCGGCGCCCGCCCCGUCAGCAACCGAGCGCAGGGGAGUGCGAUGCCGCUUAUUCGCUUGAACUUUGCGAUUGAAAAAGUUGAAGGCUCCUCAUUUUAUUCAACACACGAUGAAUUUUUAUCCUACGGCAGGAGCAACGAUGAUUCAUUUUCGACGACGGGAGAUGGGCAAGAUUCGAAUUAUCGGGACAGAAUAAAAGCAGACGACUCAAAUCCCUUCACGAUAUCUUGCAUUGGCACCUUUUUGACGAGAGCCAAGCUGAGAAGCGGCCUUGCGCAGCAGGUGGGGGAUCGAAAUAUGAAAUCGCUGGUGCGUCUUGCUUCGUCUCGGAACCUUGGAGAUGACAAAAAUACUCGUAGUACCAAUAAAGGCAUCAAGGCCCCUCGCAGGCAGUAUGCAGAAAGAUCCCGUCUCCAAGCGCUCGCGUUCCAGGCCGAAUGCAACUCGCGGUUCGUGGCGCUGCACCUGUUGUAUCACAUGAUUUUGCACACGACAAGAACUGCUCCGUCUGCGAAUGAUCCUGGAGCGUGCGAAGAUUUAUUUGCACACGACGAUGGUGCAGGAGCUGUCGAGACUCUACAUGUUGCUACCCGCACCGCAAUCGACCUUGCGUUGACCACGUUGCUUUCCCGGAAUGAGAAACUGUGUCAGUGGCUUGAGGCUCGCUCGCGGCUGAACGAGGAGCUUCACUGUCGGAACUUGCAGCUAAUGCGAAGUUCCCACUACGGUCGCGCAGGCGAAUCGGCAUCCCCACAUAUUAAUGCACCCCCGCACCACAAGAGGCCACGUUCUCACCUUCAAAGCGGCCAAACAGACGUUCUCACAGACCGCGACCGUCUUCGCCUGGUUGCCAGCAAGCAGCUGGACCUUCUUCUCGGGGAUCCCAAUAAGCAGGAAAAAUUUUGCCAGCGCAAAGAGGACCACGACCAAGACCAACAAGAUCUGCUGGUGCAGAAGCUUCGAUCUUAUCUCGAGGAGGACCUUUUCCUCGACCGGGAUCUUCGCACGCUGGCGGUGGAGCGCAUCGUCAUCGAGCAGGACAAACAGGCACUGCGACAAGUGCAAGACUUCCUGUUCCGGGUGCGGUUUUUGGCUGAUGUACAGGAGAAUCUGAAUUUUGUGCGGAGAAGUAGAACAGCCACGGAACAAAUUAUGGCAACAGAAACGAGGAAAAUUUUGACUGUGCAGGAACUGGUCCGGAAUUUAGAGAUGGAUUUCUUGGAAGCCCAGCCGUUUUUACUCGCCAGCAAAGCUUGUGUAGUUUUUCCUACCAGGAAGAAUCUUCCCGGCGUCUUCACUCGGCUCGACGUGCGAGGAAAAAUUUGCGAUUUUUCAUUUCCUGAAAAAAAGGAGCUUUUCACGAGGGGUCAAGAAGACCCUAGAGGUAACAACGUGGACGAAGACCGCAAAGAGCCGAAUCGGCAUGUUGCCCGAAACUCGGUCGCCCGCCUGAGUAGAGAGGGCGCCGGCUGCUCUCCUGGGGGCGACCAGCAGUUCGGCGAUCGCGCAGUAUUGAUGCAGAGACAUCAGAAUAUGACGAUGACAAACUCUCCCUUCUUCGACGUUCGCUCUUGUCGAGAUUCCGUUGCAACGAUGCGUGACACUGGUGCUCCGACCUUCUGCUGCCCCACACCCACGCAGCUGUGUACUACCGAUGAUGAAGACAAUGACACAGUGAAAGACCUGCUAGCAGGCCUGGAGGACGAUAGUCUUCGCCACCUGGGUAACCAGGUCUACUGCGCAAAAGAGACGAAUUGCUUGCUGCGACGGCUGGAGUUACUGCUGACGAAAGCGAACAGUUCUUGCAGGUCCGCAAUAGAACAAGUUGCGCCGACGUCACACCGUCGAGAUCGAAUGGUGAGAGUGAUUCCGAUAGAGGUCCAAGGAGAUUGUCUGCCACAGCAUAAUAUAAACUCGGCAUCACCAUCAUCAAGCGCAGUACCACGACCUUCUCCCAACAAGCUGGCAAAAUUUCUCCUGCUAGAACUGCCUCUGGGGCUUUCGCUUUCUGACCUGUCCGGAAUCUUAACCCGUGUUUUGAGUUGGAAGGGUUGUGAACAGGCGGGCGGCGUGGUCACCAGCAAGCAAGAGAAUUUCACCCCCCGCCGCCCAUCACUUAAUACGGAGGCAGGGGUGGAGGAAAAAAUGCAAUAUCACUUUUCGCUUGAAAGUGCGCAGCAGCGGUGUCGUGAAACUGACCGCUCGUCCACGAAGAGCAGCUCCCGCAAGAGCGAAUUAUGUACAUCGGCUCGAGCGCUCUUUGCAGAAAGCUCUGGUCCUCACGAUGUCUACGGCGCCAGUACCUCCUCUCCUCCGAUCUGUAUCGCAACAGCGUCAGCAUCGGGAAAGCGUGCUGUCAGUUUCUACCGCCGAUACCCGUACGAGAUCCGCAGCACGCCCGCACGGGUAUGCGUUUUGAAGAUAUGGCGCGGUUUGCUGCGACGAAGAAGAAAAUUCGAGAAAGCAGAACAACAAGGAGCAGUGGGGUUGAAAAGAACAACGACGGGAGGAAUUAUAAACGCGAUUUUUGAAGAAGGAGGUCCAAAAGCAGCAAGCUGCACCCACCUGCUCGGUACACUCCGGACAUCCUUGACCUGUUGCGAGGAUCGGGCUCGGCUUUUGCAUUUUGUCGAUUCAGUCAAGAAUCGUGCGGGAAUAAAGAACACAAGUACUACAACAACGCUAAGUAUCCCAAGUUCCCUUCAUACUCACCUGUCUCUCUUCGAUCUUUUCGGUUCCGAAGGGUGCGUCUCGGAGCAUCUGCCGAGGACGGACAUGCACUGGUUGAGGUUUGGCAGAAUCUGAACGAAUCGAAUCUGAUACGCACAAGCGACAAGUCAGGCCAGUACUUAAAGAAUCUGGCGCCCCAGCACUACGAGUAUCAGAUAGAUAUGUUCGUGUGUUCUACUUUCUUGCUUCUCAGAUCAGGCCGCUGUGAAGAAGCAUCGGGAUCGGUACAUGGAACAGGCAGUUCGUGUUACAUUUUUCGGUACACAAUCGCAUGGAGAGGAGCAAGUGCGUUGUUAUCAGAAGAAGUGAUUGAAUGAGAACAACAGACUCAAUGUACUUAACGCCACACCUCACAAGAGCCACACCCUUACCUAAAACUAGAGUAAGUGAAGACAUUGAAUCUGCAUUUUUCCAUGCUCCUGCAGACCCGUGGACCCCGAAUUUCAAGAAACACUAGAAAAGUGCAAAGUAGAAAGUAGCGUCGGGCAGUGUGGUAUUUCUGCGUACCUUAUCUUCAAACACUCAGGAUUUUUCGUUGUCUAGUUUUGAAGGUUUUGUGCCUUCAAGCUGCUAGCCAUGGGCAAAAUGAGUAUGAAAGCAGCCGCCUCGUCCAGUAAGAGCGCGGCAAACAAGCCCGUCGUCAAGAAGGAUGCCAAGCCCGCGCCGCCGUCAAAAAAGCAAGACACGUUGGCGGGGAACAAGAUGACAAAAUUACUGGAUCGCGAUCUGAUCAAGUAUUUCGAGAAACUUGCCGAGCACUACGGAAUUUCGCAAGUCGCGCGGGGCGACGCGAAGGCAAAGACGACGGACAAGGGCUUUCUGGAGGUGUACACGAAAAACGGGGAUGCGGGAAAGUUG